CUGGGCGUGGGCGGCGCGGGCCGCCUGCCGCUCGACUUCCGCAACGGCGACCUGGUGUCGCGCCUGCUGGCCGCCACACCGCCCUACCUCUACAACAUGCCGCUCGUUCCGCACUCCUUCUUCUUCAGCGAGAUGCUGCGCAGCUUCGUGCAGGCCAAGGCGGCCGACGCGCCCAGCCGGCGCAGUCGCAAGCGGUCGUGGCGGGAGAGCAAGAUGCUGUCGGUGCCGCCCCCGCCGCCCCCGGCGCCGCCGCUGGAUAAGCCGCUGGAGCUGACGACGACGUCGCGGCCGCCGCCCGCGCACGGCGCCUGCUCGCCGCGCGACGAGAAGCCGCCACCGCCGUCUCUGUCGCCCGCGCUGCCGCCCCCGCCGCCCCCGCAGCUGAUGCUACCGCCGCCGCUGCUGCCGCCCCCACCGUCCUCGCACGACUCCUCGCCCACGCUGCCUCCGCCGCCCGACAUGCUGCUGCCUCCGCCACCUCCUAUCUGGUACCCGCCGUUGUACCCGCUGGCGCCACCGCAGCAUCACCACGCUCCGCCGCCGCCAUACGGAAUCGACCCUCUGCACUUCUUCAUCGACCUGCGCGUCUCCGGACACAUAUGGGACAGAAAGGCAGGCGGCCAGGGCUCUGCCGGCGCCAAGGAGGAAGCGCUGUGCGGCGGCGACGACAAGCAGCGGCCCGCCUCCGUGGGGCUGGUCAAGCACACAAAGCACUGCUCGGCCUUCAGCGUGCCGCAGCCGCAGCCGCAGGCCCAGCUGCAGAGGGCGUCGCCGCCCUGCCCCGCCAGGCACUCGCGGCGCGGGCCGCACUACCUGCUGCACAACCUGGCGCGCAUCUACAAGGACGUGCGCGGCCAGGCGGCGGCGUGCUCGUCGCCGAUGCGGGAGGCCGCUUCCCCGCUGUCGUCUUCGACGUCGGCGUCGGCCUCCGGGGGCGGCAGCGGGGGCGGCAAGGCCUCCUGCAAGGACCUGCGCGCGCUCAUCGGGCUCGAGCUGGUGGUCGACUACGUGAAGCACGAGCACGGCGGACGGCGCCGCGGGGGCGACGACGGCCCCGCCCCCGCGCCGGCCGGGUCCGGAGGCGGCGGGUCGCGCACCUCCUCCCCCGCGGCCACCGCCGCCGCCCCCGCCGUGUAA